AUGUCAUUAACAUUAUUUGGUAAUGAUCAAAUAAAUGAUGAUUUUGAUACAAAUAGGCCAUUGGGUCGGGUUGGAUAUUCCCUACAUUUGUAUUAUGAAUUAAAUGAGUCAUAUAAAAAUGAUAACUUUCAAAAAGACAAAGAAAAUGAAGAUAUUUUAAAAAAUGAUUAUAAUACAUUAAACUAUUGUGAAGAUAAUGAAAAAAAAAAAGUAUAUUAUAAUAAUUUAAAUCAAGAAAAUACCAAAUUUGAAAACACCGAUGAAUGGGAUACGAUAAAAAAAAAUGAUGAAAAUAUCGCAAAAAACGAUGAUGGCAAUAAUAUUAGUAAUAGGAAUUAUAAUAAACUUAUUCAGGGGGAAUACAAGUUGGUAUUAUUUGGUGGAGGAUUAAUAGAUAAUGAAUUUAUUAAAAAUAAUUUAAAUGACUAUACAUUAAAUUCAGAAGAAUAUAAUAUGCACAAUACAGUUUAUAGUAAUGUACAUAAUAAUUUGUAUGAUAAAAAUAGUGAUAGUAAUUUCAAAAAUUAUAAUAGUUUAAGCAUUGAAAGACAUUUAAGCCAAACAUUUAAUGAUACAUAUAUAUGUGAAGAGAACAAUAAUUCUAUGGAUUCUUGGUUUCGUAUUAAAACAUAUAAUACCCCAAAAGCUAGAGCAUUUCAUGCUUCUGCUAUUGUUAAUUUAGGAAUAAAUGGUGUUUUUUUAUUUAUCCAUGGAGGGAAAUUUAAAAAUGAUAUUUUGUCUAGCAAUUCUUUAUAUGCCUUAAAUCUUAGUAAAUUAUCUUUCGAAAAUAAUACAAAUUCUAAUAAUAUUACAAAAAAUGAAAUAUAUGAAUUUGGGGAUAGUGAUGAAAAUUAUGGUCCUAACCCUGCUAAUAAUGCAGAAAAAACUUCUUUUAUAAAUGGUCAAAAUUAUACAAGUGAUGAAGCAAUCGUGUUUAAUGAAGAAGAUAAUAAUUCUGCUGAUGAUUCUCGGAAUUAUUAUACGAAUGAAAAUUAUAAAAUUGGUAAUCAGAAUGAGCAAGUAUUAUCUUCGUCAAAUUUAGAUAAUAAUAUAAUAAAGAAAAAAAAAAAAAAAAAAAAAAACCAAGAAAACUCAAAAUUAUUAAACAAGCAGGAAUCAGAAUCAUCAUAUGAAAGUUAUACCUCAAACACGAACACGAACACGAACACGAACACGAACACAGUUUUAUCUGAUUCCUCAGUAAUGUCAUCUUCUUCAUUAUCUAAUUGUGGAUCCGAAUACGAACCGAAUAUAUAUCAUUCUAAUUUCUAUCGUAGUAAAAUAAAUAAUACUGGAAAUUGUAUAACUGGUAAUAAUAUCAAUGAAAAUAAUAAUAAUCAUGAUUGUGAUGAUACUCUUGUAAAUUUCAGAGGACCCGUUAAAAAUUUAUUAUUAAAAAAUAAUUCCGAUUCAUAUAAUGACUCAUGUGAAGAUGGUGAUAAUAUAUUACCUUAUUAUAAAAAUGUGAAAAGAGAAUGGGUAAAAAUAAAUACUAUUGGGGAAAAACCAAGUAAAAGAUAUGGACAUACGCUAGAUUUUAUAUAUCCUUAUUUAAUUUUAUUUGGGGGAAAUGAAAAAAUAGAUGAUGAGGAAAAUGUUUUUUGUAAAAAUGAUCUAUGGAUACUAAAUAUAACAAAAUGUAAAAUAAAGAAAAAAAAAAAAAAAAAAAUACAAAGCAACAACAUUGAAGCUUUUAAUAAUAAUGAAACAAAUGAAAAAGAUAUUUUUGUGUUUAUGUGGGAAGAAAUAAAAUAUGUAUCUGUUGAUCCUCUUGGAAGAUAUUUUCAUGCAACUACUGUUUGGUAUGAUAAAAAAAGUAAAAAAAAUAAAUUAAUAUUAUAUGGUGGUAAAAUGAAAAACGAUGAUAAGGUAAAUAAUAGAGGAACUUAUAAUAAUGGGGCUAAUAAUAAUAGAUUAUUUAUACUUGAAAAUAUUGGAGAAAAAAAUUGUCAAUGGUCAAUAUUACCAGUAUAUUUAGACACAAUAAAUGAAAGCAGAGCAUAUCAUUCAAUUGUUUGUGUACAGAAUUAUAUUUUUAUUAUAGGAGGUGAAGAAUAUAAAUACAUGGAAAAAGUUCCAUCUGCAUUAUAUUCAUUUGAAAGUAAAAAAUUUCAAUAUAUAAAUGAUUAUACAUCACGAAUUUUAUUAAAAUCAUAUGUAAAAGAUAAUAAUAUAUAUUCUUGGGGAGGGUUUAACAAUGUACCAACAUCAAAUAAUAAUUAUUUUCCAAACAAUUUUAUAAUCUUAGAUAUAAACCCUCAUAUUUUAUGUAUACAAAUGAAAGAAAGCUUAGGUGAUGAAUAUGAUGAAAAUUCAAGUGUAAUUACAAAAGCAGAUGAAGAUUCUGAUGAUAAUAUGUAUAAUAAAAUUAAUAAAAGUUUUAUUAAAAUUGAAAAAAAAAAAACACAACUUGAAAAAGAUAUAUUAUAUCAAAUUAAAUUGAAUAAUAAUAUGGAAUUUCGUAUAAAAUCACAAAUGUUACAAUAUCAAAGAUUAGCCCAAUUGUAUAAUCUUAAACAAAGACAAAUAUAUAAUUAUAUGACAUUAUUAAAAAGAAAUGGAGAAGAAGGAGGAGUACAUAUUGAUGGAACUGAUACAUAUGAAAAUGGAUAUGCCCUUGGAAAUUUAGGAGUUAAUAUGAACAAUUUAAUAGAAAAUUACUCUAUUUAUAAUAAUUGUUCAGGAAAUGAAAAUAUAGAUAUUUCAAUAAAUACAAACAUAGCAUUACAAAAUGAUAUAAAUAUGGAAUAUGAAUUUAAUGCAAUAACUAUGGAAGGUAUAGGUACAGGUUUAUUGAACCAAUCCGUUAAUGAAGAUAUAAAUAAUUAUAAAAGUUGUGAAAAAAUGCAAAGUAUUCCUUAUACUAAUAGUACAAAUGAGAAAAGUAAAAAUGAUGAACAAGAAGGACAACAAUUUAUUUAUGAAAGUGAAAAUGGUGUUUCUAUGACCAAUUUAAUGGAUACUAAAAAUCACGAAAAUUAUUAUAAUAUGGAAUUAAAAGAUAAUUUAUUGAAUAAUCAAAAGGAAGAAGAACUAAAACAAACAAAUAUUCAAAAUUGUUAUGAUACAAAUAUGAUGUAUAAUAUUGAUAAAAAUUGUUCAAUUACAAAUGAACCCCAAUUUUAUUACUAUCCUAAUGACAAUAAUAUGGUUGAUAAAAUAAGUUGGAAACAAAAUUUGAUAAAUGUCGACACUAAUGCAAAUAUUGUGACUAAUACAAAUAGCCAAGAAAGAUUAAAUAUUUAUGAAAAUGAGUUUAAAUCUGUUAAUCAAAAUUUAUUGCUAUCAACUAACGUAACUGAUAUAAAUAUACCUAGUAAUAAUAACUCUCAAAAUAAUCCAAUUAAUUAUGAACAAAACCAAAAUCCAGUUGAAAUAAAUGGGGGGGAGCCUAUAGUCAAAAAAGAGGUAACAACUCAAAGGGCUCGACGAAAAACUGCUCAAAAAUGUAUGGAGUUAAUUGAACAGGAUAUGCUGAUUAGAAAAAUGAACGAGAAAUAA